AAAAUAAUAAACAUUAUACAGAUGUCAAAUAAAUCAAACUGUAAUUAAACUACACUCUUAAAAAUGCUGGGUUAUUUUGCUAACCCAACUGCUGGGUUAAGGCUGAUUUUUAAGCAGUUGGGUCAAUUUAAUACAACAUUGGGUCAAACAUUUUGACCCAGCAUGUUGGGUUAAAAGGGGCGGUAAAAAGAAAGAUCCUCCCCCUCGUCUGUGCCAGCUUCACCAUUUUAAAGUGGAGGAUGACAAGGACUUGCCUCAUUUCCAUGGACCUUCACACCAGCAAUGUUUAAAAAUAAGAUGGAUGAAUUUGUGAAGGACAAACUUCUGGAAUGGAACCUCUCUGAAUACAUCCCUGCUUUUGAAGCUGAAAAGAUUGACAAAGACAGCCUUUUCCUCUUGGAUGCGAACAGCUUGACGACUUUGAUACCUCUCCUGGGUCCACGCCUGAAAAUUCAGAAUAAUUUAAAAAGAUUACUUGAGGUAUGACCAGUGUCAGAGGUCAAAACAGAAUGGGGUACGUGUGCUUUAAAUGUCAUAGGUCUUUAGGUCAUAACAUAAGAGCUUUUUUUAACCAUCUCAGAGUGGUGCAUCAUAUACUUUCUACUUCGACUUAUUUCCAGUGUGCUCAAGUUGGGUGCCAUCGCACUUUUGAUCAAAUAAGAUCAUUCAGACGACACAUAAUUGGGCAUGCUAUUGAGUUUGACAUUGAAACAGAAGAAAGUAGCACAGGUGAACUUCCUGACAGUUCAGUAGAUCCUCAUUUAAGUGUGCUAAAUGAGGUGGAAUGCUGUGAGACUACAGCAGAACAUUGGGAUGAGCUAGAGGAAGACAACAUAAAGGACAGAGUUGCACUCUUCUUAGCUAGGUUAAAGGCAACAUCCUCUCAGACAUUCAGUGGGAUUAGAGAUGUAGUUGAAAACACAUCAGGUCUUAUCAGAGAUGUAGUUGGUUGCUUAAAGAGAAAAACACUCUCUUUUUUAAGAGAGAUCGGUCACUCUGAGACUCCACAAGCAGAGGACCUCAUGGAGCAGUUCACCAAAGCAGCUGAACCAUUUCAAGGAUUUGAAUCAGAGUACAAGCAAAUGAAAUAUUUUACUCAGUCUGGGUUCUUCAUACAGCCAGAGGCAGUACCACUCCCUGGCUUUUCCUUUACACAAGAAAUUGAUCGAGAGUCAGGAAAUGUGAAACAAGUUGCAGUUCGGGACACUUUCCAGUAUGUUCCCUUGAAACCCAUGUUGAAGCUUGUUCUGGAAAGUCCAGGAACAAUAGAUAAGAUCUUUGAAUGGCAAAAUCUUGAAAAUGCUGCCUUAGAGGAUUUCAGAGAUGGCACAAUAUUUGAAACUAAUCCACUUUUCUCUAAAGAUUUCUCUAUUCCAUUGGUUCUUUACAGUGAUGAGUGUGAGAUGGUGAAUCCACUUGGCGCAAAAACAUCAGUCCACAAACUUGGUUUUAUCUAUUUCACAAUGAAAUGCUUGCCACAGGAAUACAUGUCUAGUUUAAAGUCUCACUUCUUGUUGGCAGUGUACAAAGCUGAUGAUGUAAAAACAUAUGGAAUGAACACAAUUUUAGAGCCAAUUGUGAAUGACAUUAAAGACAUGGAACUGAAUGGCUUUCAUGUUGAAACCACACGUUUUUCAGGCAUUGUUAAGGCUGGAGUGGCACAGGUCUGUGGUGAUAACCUUGGACUUAAUGGAAUACUUGGUUACACAGAAAGCUUUGCAGGCAAUAGCGUGUGUCGGUGGUGUCGAGUUCACAAGGAAGUGUUGAGGGUACAGACAGUUGAAGCUCCUUCAUCAAUACGUGACAAGGUUAACUACCACUCAGACUUGCUUCUACACAAACCAGCUGAAACUGGCAUCAAGAGAGAGUGCUCUCUUAACAAGUUGCAGUUCUACCAUGUGACUGACAAUGUUGCUCCUGAUGUCAUGCAUGAUAUCCUCGAAGGGAUUGGUGGUUAUGAAAUUAAGCUUGUGCUCAAUGCAUUGAUUGAACAAAAAAUUGUCACUCUUGAUCAGCUGAACUACAGGUUGACAAGCUUUGACUAUGGAUUUUGUGAUGUCCACAACAAGCCAUCAACCAUCAAACCUCAGGACUUGAAAAAUCCUGAUACUGGACUUAGGCAAUCUGCUUCACAAACAUGGUGUCUGCUAAGACUGCUUCCCCUCAUGAUAGGGGAUUUGAUUCCAGAGGACAACAAAUAUUGGGAGUUGCUUCUUUUAUUGUUGAGCUGCAUGGAGUUUAUUUUUUCUCCUUCAUUAACAGAAGGAGCAGUAGUCUUUUUGGGGCACAUCAUUGAGAAGCACCAUUGUCUUUAUUUAGAGCUCUUCCCAGACAGACAUCUAAAACCCAAACACCACUUCAUGCUUCACUAUCCCAGAGCCAUACGGAAACUUGGGCCUGUUGUUCACUUCUGGUCAAUGCGCUUUGAGGCAAAACAUGGGUUUUUCAAAAGAGUGAGUCAUGUUACCUGCAACUUUCGAAAUAUCUGUAAAACCCAAGCCUACAGACAUCAAAUAAUGAUGUGUUACACUCUCCUGUCAGGCCAGAUGUUUUGCCAUGAGUUUGAAGUUGGGCCAGGAUAUACCAAACUCCUUGGUACAAUAGAGGAUUUUGAGAAGGUCAAAUCUGGGUUUGAAGGAGUUGCUGUUAUUACAGACGUUUAUCUGCCUUCUUGGAUUAAGUACAAGGGCACUAGCUACAGGACAGGAAUGACAUUAUUUAUGUCUCAUACAGAUGACUGCGAGCCUCAGUUUGGAACUAUUCAGAGCAUUGUGGUACUUCGUUCGAAUACUAAGCUCAUUUUAAAAAAGUGGGAAACAAUCGGCUUUGAAAGGCAUUUUUUUUGCCUUCAAUGUUUCCCCUACCUCAGCGAUUGAAGCAGUGGACAUUGAUUCCAUUGCUGACUAUCACCCUCUCCAUGCUGUGAAAUCCUACAAGGAGAAUUGCAGUGACCUACAUUUCACUGAGGUACAGGCUAUUUUAAACCCAAAGGGUUUUAAGUACUGUCUUGAGCUUUGACCUGGUACUACCUCAUUUUUGUGACAAAUAAAUGUAAAUACAUUCAAAUCAUUAAAAUAUUUGAUUAAAAUCAAUAUAACUGUGGAGCUGCAUAUCAGCUUUAUCAUCAUCACUUUUGAUUCAAGCCCUAAACAAACGGAGUCUGUUUGUGCACCAGCUGACAAAUUGCAGCACGUGGCUCCUGUCCAGGGUGGAACAUCAUUUUCCACCCUCGGAAUCAAAGGCAUUGCUGGCAUCAUCAGUAGUGGAGCAGUUUCCAUGUCUAAAGGACAGUCUUGGCACAGGCUAUGAUGCGUGGUUCACCCCAGGAAGGAAACAUAGACCUGCAACAGGAUUCCUAGAGGA